UUCGUGUGUACAUGUUUGGAUGGGACCGAUUCUGUAAUGCAAUAUGCAAUCUCGUGAUUAAUUUUUACAAUACUAUUAGUGUAUAUCUUAUUCCAAUAACUCUCAGCUUUUUUACAGCGUGAAAUUAUCACUCCCCAAACUUAUAAUGUCUAGCUUAAGUUGCGUCCGACAAGCUUUGUGUUGUGUGAAUCUGCUUUUUUGGGUUCUGGGAUGUGGCAUGCUGGGGAUUGGAAUUUGGAUGCAUUUGGCAUAUCAAAGUUAUAACAAAGUACUGUUAUCUCCUCCUAUGUUAAGUGGAGACAGCCUAGUGAUAGUAGCUGGUGUGCUGAUGUUUUUGCUCAGCUUUUUGGGCUGUUGUGGAUCUUGGUUCCAAAACAAGUGCCUUUUGAGAAUGUAUUUUGUUAUGGUUAUUGUUAUUCUUUUACUUGAGUUUACUGCUGGGAUAUUGGGCUUCGUAUACAGAAAGCAUGUUGGAAAUGUUUUGCGAGAUGAGCUUUUAGUUGGAAUUCAACAACGUUACACUGCUGACAAUACACAUGGGCUCAAAGAUACUUGGGAUCAUAUACAACUACAGUUUAGUUGUUGUGGUGUGAAACAUUAUGAUGACUGGUUUCAUAUUUCUGCAUGGCCUGAGAAAAAAUGGGUGCCUUCAAGCUGUUGCCUUCCUAAAUUUUCAAAUGAUACUGUGUGCAGUCAGUCCGUUGUUUCAUUAGAUGACAUUCCUGAAAAAGAUAUUUCUUUCUUAUACCAUACAGGGUGUUAUUCUCGGCUUCAUGUUUGGCUGAUGGAAAGAUUGUAUGUUGUGGGAGUUGUAAGCUUAGUGUUUGCUUUUGUGCAAGUUUUUGGUAUUAUUUCAGCUUUAGUCAUUGUCUGCUCGAUGGGUCCCAAAAGACGAUGAAAUGUCUAUGUGAUUUGUUAUUGUUGUUAUCUUUUUUAAAUGUAAACUCUGAUACAUCUUUUUAAAGUCAAGCAUUUGUAAUUGGCAAAUUUCCAAAUACAAUCUGGUGGUUUUAUUCUUAAGUAAUGUCUGGUUGCUAAGAAAUUGGGCUCUAGCAAGUUUUGAAUUUUGAUCUUAUCCUAUAGCUCUACCACUGAUUAAAAAAAAAUUAAAUUAAAUUAAGUUUUAUCAAAAAAGUAGAUGGAUAAAUGUUUAAUUAAAGUUCAUUAAAAAUAUUUAAAACAUACUAAAUACUUUGAAAAAUACAAAAAGAAGCAAAUGUAAAGGGUAAAAAAUAAAGACAGAUAGAAAGAAAGUUAAAAAAAUGGAGUAUCAAUAAUAAUAUCAUAACAGAGAAUUCAAGAACAAAUAAAGUCUUUUAUAGCCUCUGUAUGAUUUUAAAGUUUUGCAUUUUUUACGUAUUCAGUUGUUUUUUUUCUCCUAAAUUCAUUUUUCUCUACUGUCUCAUAGCCCUAUUAACUGUUCUCACUACUAAUGAUAAUGGUAUUCAGAUUAUUGCAGCAUUCAUUAACCUAAUCUCAAUUAAGUGUUAAAUGUUUCAAGAGUACAACAAAAUAUCCAGAAUUGCCACAUAACUAUUCUUGUACAGCAGUUGUUAUUUAUGCAAAACAUACUUUUAUAGUAAAACCAAUUUUAUAAAGGAAUUUACUAACCUUUUGAUACUAUCAGGUAUGUCAUUUUACUUAUUAUUUUUGCUUUCAACACCACAACCUGAACAGAUAAAUAAUAAAUUAAAUUAUUCUGUCAGUCAAAUGUUCAGUGCAAGUAUUAUGGAUAGUUAUCAUGCGUUUCAUCUCUUAAUGGCAAUCUAGUUUUGUAUGAUCUGUUCAUUAUUAUAUCCAUUUUAGGAUUCAAUACUGCUACAAAGUACCUUAAAUUAUGGAGUUAUUGGUUGUGUAACUAUUGGUUGUGCUUGGUAGCUAUUAGCAUUUUUUCAUGCAUCCCCAUUCUUGUAUGUCUGAAUGUUUUAAAGUUUUUAACUUUGGUACUUUAUAAACAAAUCAAUUUGACCUCAUAUAUUUAUCUCAGGAAAUAUAAACGAAUAAUAAGAGAUUUCUAAUAUGUAGAAGUUCCAUAAUACCUACGCAUAUAUCAAUAUAUGCUCAAGUAUUUGUUUUUAUACAUCUAUUUGUUACUGCUAUUUUAUUGUUGAUUAUGUGGUUAUCGUAGGAUAUCAUCACACAUGCAGACACAUUUGACUUUUUAUACAUGCUCAUAUUUGUGUGCAGGGGCACAUAUAGGAGUUUUUUUCGGGAGGGGCCCAAGCUAAACAUUAUGUGAACAUCGAAAGUAUAGUGGUUAAGUUUGAAAAUAUUAACAUCCUUAUUCACUGUGAGUAGGUUUGAAUUUUUUCUGGGAGGGACACAAGCCCCCUUAGUUCUCCGCGCAAAUACACCCUUUUGUGUGUAUGUGUGUGCACAGAGUGAGCUCACUCAACUCUACUUCCCUGAAGUCUGCAGUUAUCUAGCAUCUGCUUAGAGAUUAAAACAUGAAAAUUUCAGUUCAGAAUUAAAUGGAAAUUUAAUAUAACAAUGACAUUAGGAGCAUUAAAAAGAUAACUAACUUGCUGAUCUUCUUUUAAGCUUUAUUUGUGAAAAUAUUGUGCGAAUGGAAAUCCCAUCAUAAGUAUUUUCCUACCAUACUUUGCUGCAGCUGCUAUUCAAACUACUAAUGGAGAUGAGAAAAUGUAGUAAAGGAAUGUUUCAGCACAACUGUUAUCGAAAAAUUAUUCAGAUACCUACAAAAAUUAGUUUUUAUUAGCCAGAUGAAUUAGGCAAAUUCAGUGUAGGAUGAUUCUUUCUGAAAACCUAGUUUCUUAAGCAUUUUGUUUUAGUUGCUCAGGCUUUGUCAGACCCUGAAAAUACUAGAGCAGUUUCCUUCAUUUUUUUCCCAACUUAUUUAAGAAAAAAAAAAAAAAAAAGCAAUGUUGAAUGAAUAGUAUGAAUUAAAAAAUGUUUCUAUCAGUUACUUCUUGUAGAAAAUGAAGGGGACAACGGGAAUCUCAUUAUUAUAGUCCCUAUUAUUAUAUUGCUUAUUAUUUUUCUAAUAGGUUGUGCAUUAAUGAGCAAGACUACACUAUAUAUACAGUAGACUCUUGUUUUACGCUGGUUUAUUUUACACGCAUUUGAUUGUACAGGGUUUAAGAUUUGGCUUCCUUGUUUCGUUUUAAUUCAAUGAGUUUCGAUUUUACGCAGAUGUGGCAUUACAAAGAGAUAAAAUUUCCCCCUCUUUCUCAAUGAGUUUCGAUUUUACGCAGAUGUAGCAUUGCAAAGAGAUAAAAUUUUCCCCUCUUUCAAAAUCUAAACUCCUGAAAUUGGAGACAACAUGCAAUAAACUGCAUCUUGGUAUGCUAAUAAGUGAGCUUGGAAUAUCAGAGACAAUUUUUGUGAUUUAUUCCUGAGCUCAUUCCAGAAGUUAAGUUAUUAAACUCACACAGUUCAGAGCUCACUGGAAGAAGAGCUUUUAGAAUUUACAAAGGAAGACGAAAUCAGCAAGGAUACCAGCAACAAUGAUACACAACAAAAAAGCUUUCACAUUGGAAAAUUUUGAGCUAUUCCUAGGCUAGGGCAAAUGAUCUUUCUGAUUUGUAAAGUAAGAUCCCGUCAUGAAAUGCAAGUGAUCGUAGAUGCGUUAAUUCCCUACAAAGAUUUACAUAGAAAAAUGAUUAAUGACUGCCAAAAACACUAUCAUAACCAACUCUUUUGUAUAAACACUAAGUUAAUUCAUAUUUUCUUUGUACACACUGAAUAUGAAUCGAAUUAAGUACACAUUGAACUUAUUAUAUAUUUAUCUAUCAUUAGAAUGGAGUUUUAUUUAUAUUUGUGGAACCAAACCCUAUUUUAACACUUCUGUUAAGUUUUAAAUUACGUUGCAUUUUCGUAGAGCAUAACCCCCUUGUAAAACCAGGAUCUACUACAUAUACAUAUUGAUAUAUAUAUUUGUUCCAUGUGCUUGAAUAAUUAAAAUUUCUGAAAUAAUACAGAUAGAAAUAUUCAGCCUGGGUUUUAUUACUGUAUAAUCUCAAUUACAUUCUCUAAAUAUGGUUGUGAUUUUUUAAACUUUGUUUGUAUGCUGUUAUAAUUUUAAAUAUUUACUUGUACGGAACUUUAAAGUUUGCUUGGCACCCCAGCGAACCUCCCACCUCCUAAUGAAAUUUCUUGGGUGCUUGAUUAGGGCAUAUUAUGAAUUCUUUGUUUUCUUUGUUGUAAGUAUUUGUAUGCUAUAUAAUUCACAUUUGGGAAUUUGUUGAUUUUACUGUCAGUAUUUUUUAUAUGUUGUGUCUGAAGUUUUGAUGCUGUUAAGUACUUAUAUCCAGAUCUUUUGUUGUAUAUUAGUUUAUUUGACGGAUUGUUCUUUUCAUUUAUUUUAUUAAUUAGUAAACUCCCCAUUUCCUUCUGCUGUCGUGAUAUUUUAUUGUCAGGUUGUAUUUUAGUGUAAGGUGUAUUAUUCAUGACUUAAAAAAAACAUUCAGCAAUUCAACAUUAAAUCUUUGGUAAUUUUAAGUGUUUUUAACUACUAUAAUGCUUUUUAAUGAGAAAUGAUUUAUAAAUUAUCAUUAAUCCUUGUUAUUGCCUUUUUUAAGAGUGAUGUUUCAUUUUUGUCUUUAAACUACUAUUUGUUGUCUAUAGCCAAUUUUUGUAGUGUCUAUCAUUUAAUCUAGCAUUUAAAUUUUAUCGUUAAUGUUUCUGUGCAUUGUAAUCUUAAUUAAGAAUUCUUUGUGAAUCUUUAUGCAAAACUUUUUUUAUAUCAUCUAAAUUAAUAUGGAUAAAGUUAUCUUUUGACAAUAUUUCUCAUUUUAUUUAGUAAAUAUGACUACUUUGAUAGUACAAAGCAGGCUCGAACUAUCUCGAAAUGUUUACAUACCAUGUUGGGCAUGUUAGUUAAGAAAAUACUACAUGCCCAAAACAAUCUUUUACAUUUCCAAACAUCUUUUUUAAUUGCAUAUUGAUAAAAAUAGAAAAAUAUACAUGAAUCUAAUAUUGAUAUAUCAAUAAAAAAUCAACUUUUAAAACAUAUCUGCAAUUUAUUUUAUGUAUAAGUAAAUUAGAAGGCAUUAUACACACCAAACAAUGCAUCUACUCAUUACUAUAGUGCCUAGAAAGAGUAGUGUGCCGACCGGCGCUUUUCCCCCCGCGAUUCUCGAAGACAAAUUUUAUGAAAACUGCUAGAGGGCAGUGCAGUCAGAGUGCACGUUCAAUUUCGCUCUAGUUACAUUAGUAGACGCGGGAUUUUGUUACAAUUUAGUUCUGUGUUUCUCUUUUUUUACCUUUAUUUCGUGAAUAUUUCAUGAAACAGCGUUUUGAUGGAGGCAUCAAAGUUGAACAUAAGAAGAAGUAAAGCUUCAUCUUGUUUCGUACCAGGGUGCAAAAGUGUAUGCAAAACAUGCAAGGAAAACGUUUCGCUUUUUAAAGUUCCAGCAGAUAAAGAAAAACUAAAGAAAUAGAACUCGUUAAUUCCCAGGUUAGAUAAAGUUUUUGAUAAAUAUUGUUCAAUUUGUGCUUGCAUUUAGAAAAACAUUUUAUUGAAGCGCAUUUUAAGCAUAUUAUAAAUGGUGAGGAAGUUUUGAUUCCUCGGGGAAAACCUUUUUUGAAAGAUGAGGCAAUUCCGACAAUUUUCCCAAAUCUGCCAACAUACUUAAUUAAAAAAUUACCAAAGAAAAGGUCCAUCAGGUGUUAUGCAGUUAAGAAAAAUGUUCCCUGUUUGAAAAAAAAAAAACUUGGAUCUUUUCGCAGAUGAAACUGAAAUAUCUACAUACAAAUCCAUUAUAAAUGAAAUUGUUCAUAUUAAUUUGCCUAACAAAUAUUGGGUUUGUAUGAAAUUGAAAAAUCCCCAAAUAUUGUAGUUUUUGUAUAUAAUGAAAAUUAUGUGGAAAUUAAUAUUGACGAUAAAAAGAUCAUUAUUGAAACAGAAGAAAAUUUACAAAUCAAUGCUACUAUUUUAAUCAAAGGUGUAAAAGUAGAUUAUCCUCUCCUUAAAUCAGUAUUGGAUGUCAGAAAAUUUUUUAUUGAGGUUGAAGCUAGAAUCGUGUGCAAUGGGAUGGGUCUAUCAGAGGAAUUUUAAAUUUGUGUUGACUGUAAUGAAACCAACUGAAUAUUUUGUUGAUGGUUCAUCUUUAAGGGGACACUGUGUGUCAAGGUUUUGUAUUGAGUGAAAAAUUCGGUUGUAAUUUUUGCAAAAAGAAACGUAAAUAUUUGUUGAAACAGAGAGCUCUGAAAAACAAAAGAAAUAUUGCAAAUUUACAAAGAAGUAUGGUUGCGAAAAAAAAUUAAAAACAUGCAUCAAGUAACUUACCGUCUGAAGAAAAAAUCAAUGGAUUUAUCAAACAAAUUAAAAGUUAAGGAAAUUAAGAAUAAGGCGAAACUUUCGAAACCUUUACAGUUAACAGCAAAGCAGUUAUGCUUGCAAUGUAUUUAAAUUAGUAUGUAGUUAUAUAUGUGAUCGAAGCAAGUGAUCCUAUUAUUUUUUUAGUGUAAGGAAAGCCCUUGAAAAUUAAAAAAAAAAAAAAAAAACAGGUCGGAGUCGGUAUGUUUUCAAGCGACUCCAACUCUUCGACUCAGACUGAGAAGCCCUGAUAAUUUUAAUUAGCUUCAAGAAUUUAGAAGCAGUAUUAUUUUGAAAGUAGCAGUACCCGCACGGCUUUGCCCGUAGUAGAAAAUUAAAAGGUCAUUUGAUUAGCCUGUAUAUUUACAAAUGAUGGAUGAUGAAUUUCUCACCAAUUGGCUAUGUUCAUUCGGCUCUCCCAUGUUACAGUUCCACGUCAUGAUAAUUUCAUAAUUUACUCGUCCAUCUUAUGAUAAUUUUGCUCCGGAAAUUCUUCUUAAAAUUUCAAUAAAAAGAGAACAAAAUCGAAUUUUCGAAAAAUCACUUUGAGGUGCACACUCCCAUGCUACAAACUAACUUUGUACCAAAUUUCAUGAAAAUCGUUUGAACGGUCUAGGCGCGUCACAGAGAUCCAGACAGAGAGACUUUCAAGCUUUAUUAUUAGUAGAGAAAUUAGAGACGUGCAGUUGUUGAAUACUUAUAGUCUACUAUUUUCAUUAAAGAUAAAUUAGCAUUAGGUAAUUUUAUAUGCUUCAAAAAAUAAAUGAACACCCAUUUAACAAAUAGCAUUUAUUACAGAAUUAAUAUUUUGCUCUGAAAUAAGAUUGAUCGAAAAAACGGGGCUUUUAAACUGCAAAAUCAGCAUGCAAUCGCUGAUUUAAAAUGUGUCUGAUUGAGGAACAUAACGUACUCCUCGAGCGCAGCGCCAUCUGGAUUUUCCUGAGAUCUGACCUUACUUUUUCUCCGUCCAUCGGCACACUAUUCUUUCAAGGCACUCUAUCAUUACACUAAAGAUGGCUAAAUGUUUAUAAAUGAUAUGUUAUACAUAUAAGCAGCAAGAAAAAAAGUUAAAUCAGUAAGGAGUGUAAUAUGUCAUUUUUUGGAAAAGUGUUUCUGGACUAAUUAUUUACAUGCCUGGCUUGGGUAUGUAAAGAGAAAAAAUAUUGUUUGAUUUUAAUUUUUACCUGCCCUUAACGCCUCCCCCUAUAUACAUUUCGAGCCCUGAUAUAAAGCAUGUGUUAAAAAAUUUUGUACCAUAAAAUAUUUUUAAUAACAUUUUAGAGAACUACUGCAAGUCUAGCAUAAAGGAAAAAUAUUUUUGUAUAAAGCAAUCAUUUUCCAAUGAAGUUUUUCCAUUGAAGAGUUUUGUAAUGUUUUCUAUUAACAUAUUUUUGUAGAUCUGAAUUAUUUUUUUAAUGUGUUCUGAGAUGUGUUUAUGAAUAA